CAUUAGUUAAAAUUGUAAACAAAAUAAUGUGAGGAAUUUUUAGAAGUAUGGUGUAAAUUUCUUAACAGUGUAAAUUAUUAUUUGUAGAUAUAUUAUAGAGUUUGCGUGAACUUUUCUAAUAAUCAUUUAUAUAUCUGAAAUUCAGUGACGAAGAGACGCUUUAAAGAAUCUCAUAAAUUAUUAAAUCUUUGUUUCAAUGUUCUUAUUUACCGAAUGAAUUCUGUGACAUUAAAAAUGCUGCAUUCGAUGAAACCAUUUCAGUGUCCAAAUUGUAAUUCGCCGUAUGCUAGUAAAAAUGCUGUCAAAUACUGUGGUGUUGCAAAAUUUCCUCGUAUAUUAGCAUGCCAUCAUUCAAUAUGUGAGAAAUGUUUGCAAAUAGCUGAGAAAAAGAACAAGACUCUUUCUUGCCCAACAUGCAAGGAAGUGAUUAAUUUAGAAGAUGAUGAUUCAUCUGCAAAAUUUCCUCCUGAUGUGCAUGCUUUAGGCAUUCUUAGUGCAAACAUGAGGAAUGCUUGUCCGAGCUUAAAAGUGAAAAUGGUGCAUAAUGAUAAAAGAUAUCAAAGUCAAGAUUCUCUCAAAGGUUCGACUCAUGUUUGUGGUCAUUGUCAUAAAAAUCAAGCAUUGUGGCAGUGCGAUGAAUGCCAAUUAAACUUCUGCAGUCUUUGUUUCCAAAAAGUUCAUCAGGGUAAAAGUGAAAAAAAGCAUGAACAAAAGAGAAUUUUUGCUGAAUCAUAUAAUUCUAUGGUACAAGAAGGAUGUCCUGAACAUGAAAACAAAACUAUGGAAUUUUACUGUGAAGUAGAUAAUCAGCUAACUUGUAGUUUUUGUAUGCUUGUCGGUGGACAUAUUGGUCAUGAUGUCAAAACACUUAUCGAUAAAAAUAAGGCUUGCGCUGAAGAUAUAAAAAAUUCUUUGGAUGGUGUCGUUAAUUUGCAUAAACAGUUGGAAUAUACUGAUCAUUUACUGAAUGAAGCAAUAUCUAAAGAAAAAGUAGAUAUUACCGAUACAUUAAAAAGUGUUCACGAUUAUUUCCACAAAAUACAUUCGGCUUUACAAAUGAGGGAAGCUGACUUGAUCUCGGAACUGAUGGAAAUUUCUGAACGUCCUCUUAAAUCAUUAGAAGAAAUGAGAUUUAAAGUUGCUGACUUUGAACGGAACUUAGCAUCUUUAAAGAAAGAUGCAGAAUCUGUGAUAGAAAAUCCUCACCUAGCUGUUAGUGCUCCAGCAAUAUUGAAAAAAUUUGAAGAGUACAAAGACAUUCCUUGUUUCCUAGUUCCUCUGACUGAUGAAUCUGAAAGUCGUUUUAACAUGAAUCUCGAUUUAGAAUCUGAUUUCGAAGAAAGUAUCAAGCAAAUUGGAAAAAUUCACUUUGAAAUAAAACCUAGGUUCGCUCUCCUUCCAAGCAGUGAUUUACCCAAAAAUUUUUGUACUGACAUCCCAGAAAGUUUUAUGUCUAAAUUAAAAGCUGCUGCUGAUACUGAAUCAGUCUCUGAUUCAUUUGACACUUUUUCAGAAGAUAGUUUAUCAACAAAUACAGAACAUUCCAGUUUUCAGACAUCCUUUAAAUACAGAGAUUACGCAAGAAUGCAACCAGAAAAAGUUCUAGUAUCUCAUAUCGUAGAUCCAUCAAGUUUUUUUAUUCAACGCUUUAGUGAAUUGCACAAACUGAAAACAAUGUCUGAUGCAAUUAAUAAAUGGUGCAAAGGCUAUGAAUCUAAAAAAUUUAAAGCUACUGAAUUAGAACCAGGUAGUUUAUAUUUAAUUCAGUAUAGUAAAGAUAAAAUGUGGUACAGAGGUCGAAUCAAAUCCGUUUAUAAAAGUGAUGAAGAUUCAAAUGAAGAAAUUGGAUCUAAAUUGCCUGUAAAAACUGAGAAUGGAAAGAUAGUUGUAAAGAAUAAAGAACAAAGAGCUUUGGUAUAUUUCAUAGAUUAUGGGAACACAGAAAUUGUUUCAUUAUCUCAAGUGAAAAACAUACAACCUCGAUUUCUGAGUCUCCCAGGCAUUGCUAAAGAAUGUAGUCUUGUUGAUAUUGAGCCUGCAAAUAAGGAUAAAUGGUCUGCAGAGUCUGUUAGAGCAUUUGCAAACUUUGUUGAUAGGAAAAUUGUUAUAAUGCAAGUUUAUGAAGAGAGAAAUAAUGUUUUUGCAGUUGAUUUAUGCCAGUGUCCCGAUAAUGAUAUAUCUAGUGAUGUUCCUGUUUCUAUUCGGGAUGCAUUAGUGUUUUUGGAAUUGGCCGUGUUUCCAUCCGGAACGAAACAUACUCAUAAAAAGAAUAAAGUUAACCGUGAUUAUAUGCCUCCGGAACCUGUGCAUAUGAAUGUCAAUAUUUGUGCUAUCGUCAGUCAUGUGAAUGAUCCUUAUAAUAUUUAUGCUCAGCAGAUGUCUACAGCUUCUUAUUUAUCCAAAUUAAUUGUUGAAAUGAGUGAAACAUAUAAUAGUGAAAAAAUUGCUUCACUGCAUAGUAUUUAUGCACCUUGUGUUGGUAUGGUUUGUGCUGCUCAAUUCAGUGUGGAUAAACAGUGGUAUCGAGCAAAAGUUAUUGAUCUACCCGGAGGUUCUAAGGUUAAAGUGCAAUAUGUGGAUUUUGGAAAUACUGAAGUCAUUCAUUACAAAUAUUUAAGAAAACUGUUUGAUAAAUUUUUUAAGCUAAAUAUUCAAGCCUUUCCUUGUAAAAUGGCUCAUAUCACAUAUAGUGGAACUGGAUGGGAUCAAAAGGCUAAAGAAUGGCUAACAAAGGAAAUUUCAAGAAGACAGUUAACUUUGAAAUCUUUAGGUAUGAUUCCUGGUGAAAAUAAAGCUGAAGUUCUUCUUUAUUAUACUGAGGAUGAUAUUGGUAUAUGUCUUAAUGCCUUGAUGGUUGAGGAAGGGUUAGCUUUAUCAACAGGUCCAGGUUCAGUUACUGUCAGAAAAAGAAAGGAGGGUUUCGUAAAUAAAGCAAAAUCAACACCUAGGACUUCUGAUCCAGUUUUAAAUGGGCAUUUCAUUCCUCCUCCACGACCUCUUCCGGGUCUAGAUAUUCUAGAAGAUGAGGAUUUUAAUGAUUCCCGGACUAUUUCAAAAAGGCCUCAAACGGCAACUGCAUCAAAACAAGAAUCAAAGAAAGAAGAAAGUUCUGUACAAUCAACUAAGAACAAGAAGUAUCCCAGUUUAGCUUGUCCACUUGAAGAAUCUAAUCAUAUUGAAGUGAUGGUCAGUCAUGUAAUAUCACCGGGGUCAUUUUAUAUCCGAAUUGCUGGUGAUAAAGAAAAAAAGUUAAUGUUAUUAAUGGAUGAUUUGCAAAAAGUAUAUGAAAACCUGCAAGGUGAGAUUGUAGAAUGUAAAGUAGGAAAAGCAUAUGCAGUAUUCUGUCCAAAACGAAAAAAAUGGUUUAGAGGAACUGUCAUGGAAAAGGUCAAUGAUAGCUUAGUGAAGGUUCAUUAUGUUGACUAUGGGAACACUGAAGAUGUGGAACAAAAGUAUCUUCGCAAAUUGGAAAAAAGAUUUGUAGAGGAUGAGUCAUUUUCAUUGCAGUGUCAUUUAGAUGACAUUAUUCCUGCUGGAGGCAGCUCUAACUGGUCGCAUUCAGCCUGUGAUAUUUUCAAACAAUUGAUUGCGCCCCAUGACAGUCUCCUUCUUGCCUGUAAAGGGGAUAUUACCAAUGACACAAAAUCUUUACCGGUUGAUUUACUUUUUGAACAUCUUAUUAGAGGUGGAGCCCUUGAACCAACUAAAAUAGAAUAUGUUAGUGUAAAAGAGGAAAUUGUAAAGUAUGGUUAUGCUUUACGGACUAGGCGGAAAAGUCCAAGUGUAACAAAUAAUAAAGUUACAGAAGAAAAAAAUAAAGAAUCUGAAAUUGUAAAUUCACCAGUUGAAAUAAGUGAUGUCAUUAGUAUACCAAACUCUGUUUUUUCAAAUGAAACAUUGCAAACAGAUGAGCCAAAGUCUCCUGUAAAAGAGCAAAAUUUACCUCCUGAAGAACCCAAGUUCCAAUGGAAACCUGCUGUUCCUCCCUUAGAAUCUUUAUUUAAAGGUUAUGUCACUAACAUUGGAGAUGACGGGAGUAUUCAUCUUUAUGUUUCACAAAAUGGUACUAGUCAGGUGGAAACUAUUUCAAAAGCCUUGCAGUUUAAAUAUGGGAAACUAGAAAGCGAUAAAUGCUUGAAAAAGGCACCAUCAGUUGGCGAAGCAUGUGUUGCCAAGUUUUCUUUGGAUAAUGCAUGGUAUCGUGCAGAAAUUGUGUCUGUGUACCCUGGACCUCCAGUGAAAGUUAAAGUGAAUUUUGUUGAUUAUGGAAAUAAUGAAAUUGUUCCUUUAUCAUUUAUUCGUACUGAUCUUAUCAUGAAAGAUUUUCCGCGGCAGUGUUUGGAAUGUGUAAUAUUUGGAAUUGGUGAUAACCCAAAGUUCACAUGGGACAAAGACCUUCUAACAUUCCUUCAUACUCAGUUAGUCGAUACUGAAGUUUCUGUAGAAAUACAAGCAGCACCAGAUAAGAAGGGUAGACUACAGACUUUAAUUAGAACUACAUCAGGAAUUGACCUUUCAGAGCUGUUAUUAAGUAUGGGGUUUGAUGAUCCAUCAGAAAAUAUUGAAUCUCCAGAAGUUUGUGAUGCUCCCUCUGACACAUUCACAAGAGCUCUUGAAUUAAGAAAAGGGGAUAUAUAUCCUGUUUGUGCUACACUGUUUCCUUGUAAAAAUAUAGUGUAUUUGCAGAUUCUGAAAAUUCCUAAUCCUAAAGAUGAAUUUGAAUCUAUGUUAAAUAGUACACAUGAUGCAUUUCUUCAGCUUAUUGCACUGCUGCAGGAAAAGGCAGAAAGUUUUCUUAAACUUCAAGAACCAAUGCCAGGUAUGCCAUGCUGUGCUAAAUAUUCAUAUGAUGAUAAUUGGUACCGUUGUGAAGUGACAGACCUUAAUGAAAAUGGUGUAACUGUGUUAUAUGUAGAUUAUGGGAAUUCAGAAAAUGUAACCAUUGACAAUUUACGAAAAUUAGAAUCUCAAUUUAUUGGCUUUCCAAUUCAAUUACAUAUUUGUGAAUUGUAUGGCGUAAAACCUUCUGGUGAAGAUUUGAGUCCAGAAACAAAGGAUAUGCUACUGAAAGUGCCAAAUGAAAAAUUAUUUGCCAAAAUCAUGGUGCCUGGGAAGAUUUGUCAAGUUGAGCUUUUAAUAAAAACUGAUGAUGGAGAGUAUAAGCCAGCACUUCAAGUGCUUCCAGAAAAGGAACUAACUGUUCUUUAAUUCAUGUAUAAAGACCAUUCAUUCCAUGUACUUUCUGUGUAUUCUUUACUAUACUUAUGAUUUGAAGUUUCUGAAAGUUGUACAGUGAAUUCACUUGAUCUUUGUACAAACGUUAUUUUGAUCAUUCAUUAUGCUACUUAUCAUUUGAGAGAAUGUUACGAUGGACGUAGCUUUUUGAAAGCAAAGAUUGUUCCUAUUGUAAUAAAAGAUUCGUUUUCA